CUUAAGAAAAGGCAGCUCUCUUCCGUCUCUUUCUGCAUGAAUCUGGUGCCAGAGCACCUGGGGCGGCCUCUGGGACCAAGCAUCACCCGCUCACAAAGGACGGUGAAAAAGGCAAAUGCUGUCUCGGUGGUGUGACCUCUCACACCCUCAAGAAGCAGUCCACAUCCGCCGGGCCGAGGAAAGGCUUGCCCCUAGACAGAAGCAGCCCCAGGCCUCCAGGGGGUGAAUGGAGAAGAACUUGGGGGUGGGGAACCUCGGAGGGCAAGAGCAGCUGCUUUAGGAUCACCGACUCUGUCUCCAUGGGGCUCCUCACUUUGUUCCCCCUUUUGCCUCCCCCCCAGGGUCAAGUGAAAGAGGUGUAUCACAGAAAACGUGCGCUUUGGAUUGACCUGGUCCUAGGUUCAACCCUUGUCUCUGGAUCUUACCAGCUGUGCGACCUCAGGGAAGUUACCUAACUUCUCAGAGCCUUAGUGCCAUUCUUGAUAAAAUGGUUAUACUACCUGAUAGAGUGACUGAAGGAAAGAAACCGUAUGUAAGACCUCUCGCCCAGGGCCUAAUACACAACAGACAUUCCGUAAAUGGUGGCCAGAAAUACCGUGCUGCCUCUCCGGCUCCUGCUUCUGCCUGCCCAACUCUCAGCCUGAGCACGGCUAACACAAAACAGAUUAACAAUCCCUUCCUUUCUCUCUGAGGACAGCGGGGCCAGGCUGGGCUUUUCCAGCAGAACUUCACUAAUGGAGAAAGGGGUGCGAAGUGACCUAGUCUGCAGAGUGUAGGUCUCCUGUCUUGCAACAGCAGAUGGUCCCAAUUGCCAGACUCCAGUGCCCUCCCGAGGGGUCUGCCCUGACCGGCCCCAGCCAAGCCUCAGGCACCACUCCUCCUCCUCGUCCUUCCUCCCGCAGGCUGAGGAGCCCCAGGCAGAGGCAGCCAACCCCUCAAACUCCCCCACGCACAUCCGCAGAGACACAGCAGCCCAUACACGCCACGUUCCUCCUAUAAUGGUUUAUCUCCGUGUCCCGGGCACCUAGGUGCUUUAACAGGGCCCGUCCACAGACCCAGGCAUGGCUAAUGCCCCAGUCACCCAGAAGGGAGGAGCGGUGGGCAGCUGGUUUUGUCCAGGGUCCUUAGGACUCAUGCGCCUUGAAGCUGACACUUGACCUUGAAGCCACUGACACCAGCUUCUAAGGCUCCCUCCUGCUGCAAAGCAGCCCCGUUGUCCUCCUUCCCUCCCAGCACCCCUCAGAUGCUCACUCAAUACUUUGGGUGAGGUUAGGAAAGCGGGGUGGCCAGCUUCCCAGGUCACACCCUCCAGGAACACCUAGUUUCCUCUGCAGGGUAUUCUCAGACACUGCCUGCGCCUUUAAGGACUGCUGCCCUGUGCCAGGGUCUUGACCUCAGCAUCCUCAGCUGAGUUGGAUUAAGGGACCAUUUCAUGCCUCUGCGAAUUCCUUCUGGCUGCUGUCCCUUCCCCCAAACAGAGACGGAGUAGCCAGUAGCCCAAACCAGUCUGCCAAGGGCAGCCUGGGAUCUGGUCUGGUCUGGCAGCCCAUUCCCUCAGGGAGCAGAGGCGUCUCCUUUGAUAGAGGGUUUGGGGUCAGAGAGUGGGCCCUUGGGGGCUUGGGCUGUUGCAAGGACUCCAGAAAGCCAUGCAGCGCCUUGAGCCAUGAAGGACUGCUCAGAUAUCAUCCUGUGUGUGGAGGGGACAGAGCUGAGCAAGACUGAAUUCUGCAAUCCUGCUUUCGAGCCUGAAUCGGGGCCCCCUUGCCCUCCACCGGCCUUCCAGGAGGAUGCCAGCUGCAGCAUCGGAGCUCCCUGGCACGGUCGGCAUCGCCGAGGGCUGCAACCAGACUGCCAGUUCUCCUGGCUGUGUGUCCUCCUGCUAGCCAGCCUGCUGCUCCUGCUGCUCGGGCUGCUAGUGGCCAUCAUCCUAGCCCAGUUGCAGGCUACACCCCCACUGGGGACCUCCUAUCACCCACUGCCUGCCACCACCACCACUGGCACCACCCCCCUCAUCACCACCACCACCUCUCAGGCAACUGGGACCCCUAAAGAGCAGCAGGAGGCAGGCAUGAGCCCCACACCCCAGUCCACCUGUGGGGGCCUCCUUCCUGGACCAAGGGGCUUCUUCAGCAGCCCUAACUACCCAGACCCUUACCCACCCAAUGCCCACUGUGUGUGGCACAUCCAGGUGGCCACAGACCAUGCAAUACAGCUCAAGAUCGAAGCUCUCAGCAUGGAGAGCGUGGCCUCCUGUCUCUUCGAUCGCUUGGAAAUCUCCCCUGAGCCUGAAGGCCCCCUCCUCAGAGUGUGUGGGAGGGUACCUCCCCCCACACUCAACACCAAUGCCAGCCACCUCCGGGUGGCCUUCGUCUCUGACAGCAGUGUGGAAGGAUUUGGUUUCCAUGCCUGGUACCAGGCUGUGGCUCCUGGGCAUGGGAGCUGUGCCCAUGAUGAGUUCCCCUGUGACCAGCUCAUCUGCCUGCUGCCUGACUCAGUGUGUGAUGGUUUUGCCAACUGCGCUGAUGGCAGGGACGAGACCAACUGCAGUGCCAAGUUCUCUGGCUGUGGGGGGAAUCUGACUGGGCUCCAGGGCACUUUCUCUGCUCCCAGCUACCUGCAGCAGUACCCUCACCAACAGCUUUGCACCUGGCAUAUCUCGGUGCCUGCUGGACAUGGCAUAGAACUUCAGUUCCACAACUUCAGCCUGGAAGCUCAGGACGAGUGCAAGCUUGACUACGUGGAGGUGUACGAGACCAGCAACUCAGGGGCCCUCAGCCUCCUGGGCAGGUUCUGUGGAGCAGAGCCACCCCCUCGCCUCAUCUCCUGGCACCACCAACUGGCUGUGCUCUUUAGGACAGAUCAUGGCAUCAGCAGCGGGGGCUUCUCAGCCACCUACCGGGCCCUCAAUGUCACAGAAAACCCCUGUGGGCCCAGAGAGUUCUCCUGUCAGGAUGGAGGGUGUCAGAGUCUACAGUGGAUAUGUGACACGUGGAGAAACUGUGCAGACAGCAGUGAUGACAACUGCAGCAGCCCCUUGUUCCCACCCCCAGAGCUGGCCUGUGAGCCUGUGCAGGUGGAGAUGUGCAUCGGCCUGAGCUACAACACCACGGCCUUCCCCAACAUCUGGGUAGGCAUGGCCACCCAGGAGGAGGUGGUGGAGGUUCUCAGAGGUUACAAGAGCCUGACAAGUCUGCCCUGCUACCAGAAUUUCCGGAGGCUCCUGUGCGGGCUGCUUGUGCCCCACUGCACCCCGCUAGGCAGUGUCCUUCCCCCGUGCCGCUCUGUCUGCCAGGAGGCAGAGCGCCAGUGCCAGUCUGGCCUGGCAUUACUGGGCACCCCCUGGCCCUUCAACUGCAACAGGCUGCCUGAGGCCGCUGGCCUGGAGGCUUGUGCCCAGCCCUGACCCUAAAGUGGGCCCCUGCCCUCUGUCUGCCCAUCCCUCUUUUGCCUAUCAGGGUGGGCAGGCAGGGGGACAAAGGAGGGGGACUAGCAUGGGACUCUGCCCAUCCUCUCUGGGGCCUCCCAAUCUCCUGGAUCUUUCCCUGUCCGUUUACUUGCCCCAGCUGCCUGUGGCUGGCUCCACGCUGUGCCAUUGACAAUCUAGACCAAUUCCCAUGCAAGAUUCUGACCCCAGUUUUCUAUCUUCUGCCUUCCCCUCUCCAUCUGCUCUUUCAGGUUCCCAUUUGCACUUUUUCAUUUAUUCAACAAAAACGUAUCGAGUGCCUAGCAAUGUGGCAGGCUCGGUUCUAGGCCCUGGGCUCCAGUUGUCUAUCUGCCUCUAGAACUCUCCAGCCUUGGUUCUCAGCUUACAUUUCUCCUAGACUAGAGUCUUGUCCUUGGUCUCACACUACACCAUCUC